AUGCAACCGUCACUGAUUGCUGCUUUUCUUGCAUCUGUAGGCUGGUUGUCACUACCGCUUUCUUCAGGGAGGAAAUGUGCAUUUUUGGCAAGCCCACAAAACACAGAGAAGGUCCAGAAAGCGGGGAACGUGAGUGGAUUCAGUCAGCACUGUGUCCGAACAAACUGCUGUAUGGGCUACUUCCGGCUGAAGCAUGGGCGGCCUGAGCCUGACCUCUUAGGUUGUAGUAUAAUGAAGACCUUCUGCCCAGAAAUGUCAUGCCAUGCAUCGGUACAGUUCCAAAACCACAUUGGAUGUGUGUGCAGCUCAGACUUCUGUAAUCUAAACAUCACCUGGAAUCAUCAAACCAAGCAAGCUCAACAUAUUCACACCUCAGAUUUGCUGACUCUCAACAUCUUUAUUAUCCCCGCUGCUGUGGUGUUUAUAAUAUGUUCUGUUAUAUCUGCACUGAAGUGGAAAACUCUCCUUAAAUACUGCAGAUCUGUAACAACUUCGUACACAUGUGACGUCCCAAAGGAAACUGACAUUGACCUGGAAAAUGUGGAGUUGCUAAAGGUUGUAGCUUCGGGCCAUUUUGCAUGUGUGUGGCAGGGGUGUUUUAAAGAAUUAUCAGUGGCAGUAAAGGUGUUUCCUACAACAGUAAAAAAGGAGUUUACUAAAGAGAAAGAUGUUUACAUGCUGCCUCUUAUGAAGCAUCCUGGAAUUGUACAGUUUCUUGCAGCAGGGAGAUUGGGGGAAGAGUUUGUCCUGGUUCUGGAACUUGCAAGCCAAGGAUCAUUAAACACAUUCUUGUCUAGAACUGUGUGUGACUGGGCAUCUACUGUAAAACUGGCUCAGACUUUGUCACAAGGAUUGGCUUAUCUCCACACUGACCUGCACAACGAUAGACUUCAUAAACCAGCAGUUGGUCAUUGUGAUUUGAGCAGCAGUAAUGUUUUGGUGAAGGCUGAUGGUUCUUGUGCUCUGUGUGACUUUGGUUACUCCACAGUGCUACAGUGCUUUAAAAAGUGUCAAGCAUUACAAAGUAACACCAGCAAAGUAAAGGGCAGAAUUCCUAUGGGUACUCUGCAGUACAUGUCGCCAGAAAUCUUGGAGGGCUGCGUCAAUCUGAGCAGUGGACAAUGUUUGUUGCAGGGAGAUGUGUAUUCCUUAGGACUACUGCUUUGGGAGAUGUUCAUGCGUUGUUCUGACCUCUGCAAAGAUACUUCUGUCCCAGAACAUACGCUGCCGUAUGAAAAGGAGCUGGGACGCCUUCCAUCCCUUGAAGCUCUUCUUGCUUUUGUGUCAGAAAACAGAGGGCGUCCAUCUGUACCCCAGCAGUGGGAUAAACUCUGCCAGGGAUUUUCUCUUCAUGAACUCCUCGAAGAUUGUUGGGAUCAUGAUCCAGAUGCGAGACUGACUGCACAAUGUGCUGCUAAUAGAUUAGCUUAAUUACCUUUUUAUUUAGGGGCCAAUGUAUGUGUGUAAAGUCUGUUUUAGCUUAAGGGUACAGCAUGCAUGUAGCUGCAGAAUUCUAAAGGAAAUUAAAUAGGUUGUUCUUUAAUUAUGCAUUUAU